AUGACAUGCCACGCCACUCUGAAAUCAUUAUCUGAUACUUUCUAUAUCUCUUAUUUUCAGGUUGGAUCAAAAAAAGAAGUUGCUGAGUGUAAGGAGAAAUUUGCCACCUCUAAAGACCCUGUAGUCAGUCAGACUUUCAUGUUGGAUAGGGUGUUCAAUCCUGAAGGGAAGGCUUUGCCGCCACUGAGAGGAUUCAAAUACACCAGCUGGUCGCCCAUGGGUUGUGAUGCUAAUGGCAGGUGCCUGUUGGCCGCACUCACCAUGGACAACCGCCUGACCAUCCAGGCGAACCUCAGCCGGCUACAGUGGGUCCAGCUUGUGGACCUGACUGAGAUUUAUGGCGAACGCCUAUAUGAGACCAGUUACAGGCUUUCUAAGACCGAAACCUCUGAAGGAAACCUUUCGGACUUCGCUGAGUUUCAGAGGAGGCACAGCAUGCAGACCCCAGUCAGAAUGGAGUGGUCGGGCAUCUGUACCACCCAGCAGGUCAAGCAUAACAACGAGUGUCGUGAUGUGGGGAGCGUGCUCCUGGCCGUGCUCUUUGAAAAUGGCAACAUUGCUGUGUGGCAGUUCCAGCUGCCGUUUGUGGGAAAGGAAUCCAUCUCUUCCUGCAACACAAUUGAGUCAGGGAUCAACUCUCCUAGUGUUCUGUUUUGGUGGGAAUAUGAGCACAAUAAUCGGAAAAUGAGUGGCCUUAUUGUGGGAAGCGAUUUCGGACCGGUGAAAAUUCUUCCCGUCAAUCUCAAAGCAGUUAAAGGCUACUUCACGCUAAGGCAGCCUGUUGUCUUGUGGAAAGAAAUGGACCAGUUGCCUGUGCACAGCAUUAAGUGUGUGCCACUCUACCAUCCUUACCAGAAGUGCAGCUGUAGUUUAGUGGUGGCUGCCAGAGGGUCCUAUGUGUUUUGGUGUCUCCUUCUGAUUUCCAAAGCAGGUCUGAACGUUCACAAUUCCCAUGUCACCGGCCUUCAUUCGCUGCCCAUUGUCUCAAUGACUGCAGACAAACAGAAUGGAACGGUAUAUACAUGUUCCAGUGAUGGGAAGGUGAGGCAGUUGAUUCCCAUAUUCACGGAUGUUGCAUUAAAGUUUGAACACCAGUUGAUUAAGCUUGCAGAUGUGUUUGGCUCCGUGAGGACUCACGGGAUAGCAGUGAGCCCUUGCGGUGCAUAUCUGGCUGUCAUUACCACCGAGGGCAUGGUCAAUGGCCUCCACCCCGUUAACAAAAACUACCAGGUCCAGUUCGUUACCUUGAAAACCUUUGAAGAGGCAGCUGCUCAGCUCCUGGAAUCGUCCGUUCAAAAUCUCUUCAAACAGGUGGAUUUAAUAGAUCUAGUACGGUGGAAGAUUUUAAAAGAUAAACACAUCCCCCAAUUUUUACACGAAGCUUUGGAAGGAAAGAUCGAAAGCAGUGGGGCCACCUAUUUUUGGCGGUUCAAGCUGUUCCUCCUGAGGAUCUUAUAUCAGUCGAUGCAGAAAAUUCCCUCGGAACCCUUAUGGAAGCCCUCCAAUGAGGACUCAAAAAUCUUACUGCUCGACUCACCUGAGGAUGAACAGCAAGAAGAAGGCACUUCUUCGAAACAGGUGAACAAGCAGAGCCUUCAGGAGAAAAGCAAAGAAGGUGAGGGAGAGGAGCCUACCGAUGACCCCCUUGCCCAGCCCGCCGACGCUGGGAGCCGUGAGCCAAUGGAGGAGAAACUCCUGGAAAUCCAAGGGAAGAUUGAAGCUGUGGAGAUGCACUUGACGCGGGAACACAUGAAGCGCGUCUUAGGAGAAGUCUACCUGCACACCUGGAUCACAGAGAACACGAGCAUCCCUACCCGAGGACUCUGUAACUUCUUGAUGUCCGAUGAAGAGUACGAUGACAGAACAGCUCGGGUGCUGAUUGGACAUAUCUCGAAGAAGAUGAACAAGCAGACUUUCCCCGAGCACUGCAGCUUGUGUAAAGAGAUCUUGCCCUUCACAGACCGAAAACAGGCUGUCUGUUCCAACGGCCACAUUUGGCUCCGGUGCUUUUUAACCUACCAGUCCUGCCAGAGUUUGAUCUACAGACGGUGUUUGCUCCAUGACAGCAUUGCCCGCCACCCAAUGCCAGAAGAUCCUGACUGGAUUAAGCGGCUACUGCAGAGCCCCUGUCCUUUCUGUGACUCUCCUGUCUUCUAAUGUCCGUGCUGGGAAGAUGGAAAGGACAUGCACUGUGCUGUGGAACACGUCCUCUCGUGGAAGAGAGGACGACCUGGAGUAAGCCCGCCCUUCAUAAGUGGGAGGCCCUCUUCAUGCUUGUAAACAGGACACUGGGAACUCAUCUUGGAAGUGCUCGCUCCAUGUCUCCAGGGACUGAAGGAUAUUGCAGAAUGAGUGUGAAUGCAGAGCUUUGAAGUAAUUUGAGACGAACAUAGCCCAGCCCCGACUUCUUCCCUAAUAAGGAACACUUGCUUGUAAAGUGUCUUCACUAAAGCUUGAACAGAGAAGGAUAUCCUGUCAUUUCUAGACUAGAAUGGUCUUUGGAUAAGGGCCUUGCUUGGUGGGUUUAGGUUUGGGGGGGGAUGGCUUUAUUGCUCAGAGCACUUAAAUCCUCUGGCAUGUGACAUUCAGUAUACCAACAGAUAUAUGUGUCUAAACCAACUGUGGAUCGGGUAUUUUGUUCUCGGUCAACAGACAAAGAUCUCUGCCCCAUCAAUUCUUGUUUUUCAAGAUAUUGGAAGUAUUUUACUGAAUCUCUUCUGUUUUUAAGAAGUUGAAGCAAAGGCAAAACUUGGUUUUAUCAAUGUGUCCGAUGAUCAGUUCAAUGCUCCUAGUUGUGUCUUGUUUUUAAUUAGUUCCUGUGUCAUGAGAUUGCCUGAUCCUCUCUUCCACAUGUACGUUAACUAUUCUCAUUCACUUGAGUCAUAUUCCUAUUAAAAUUUCACCUAGAGGAGAUACUUGUACAUAGGCUUUUGAAAAAAAAAAACCAGCUCUUGUAUGAAAAACUUUUUAGUAUUUUUUAAUGUCAACCUUGCCAGGCACGUUUCAUUGACUGUCUGGUGUUGGAGUAUAACGACGCCCUUCCCAGAGACUUCUGGAGAAAGACGGACCCCUUUAAGCUGUGUCGCUACAAGUAUGUAGAGCACUCAUUUCUUCCUUCCGCUGUGGCCCUUGAUGUUUGUAACACAAGUAUUUUUCUGUAAUACAGAUGAGCAAUGAAAAUAAGAUGUCAGAAGAUAAUUGCCCUUUAAGCCUAAAGUAUACUAUCUGGACUACAGUGUUUCUUGGGUUUUUUUUAAGUUAAAUGUCCUAGGAUUGGUGCUAUUAACAGGACUGUGAUGCAUACAUCUUGAACUGGUGCAUACCUCUGGAAAGUUGGACGGGGUUGAUACAAUGUGAAUUUCUUAAAUCAUAUUUCCUACUGUUCCUUGUUCUUGUCUGACUCUAACUUGUAACCUUGGUAGUGAAGGAAAUGGUCCUCCUUUUAGAAACAACAUCUUGAUAGCUGCAAAGCACUGUAACAUGCCUCUGUUUCUAUCAUGCUGCACUUGUAUUCUUCCCACCGCCAUUAAUAAAGAAACCAGAGCCCGUAACAGGUACUUGUAGGCACUUCCCAGCAA